AUGGGAAACAUAUUUUCUCUUUAUAAAGUUAAUAAAGUUAAAAAAAGUAGUAGUUGCAGUAGUAGCUUUCAAGAAGGCGUUUAUCAAUAUGUUAACGGAAGGAGAUAUUUAAAGGACUUUAACAAAUACUUAUUACCGAAUGAUGAUGAAGAACUUGAUAGGUUACAAGAACAGCAUUAUAUAUACUGGCAUAUAUGGAAAUCUCACUUUUCAUCACCAGUUGAAACCAUCUUGAAAUUGGGAGGGGUUGAGGUGCUUGAUAUCGGUUGCGGUUCGGGAUUGUGGUUGUUGGAGAUGGCCGUGAAUUACCCUUUAUCAAAUUUCACGGGGAUAGAUAUCGUACCUACAUUUCCGGUGGAUACGCAUCCAUCAAACACGGCGUUUGAACAGGUUGAUAUUACGGAAGGAUUACCUUUCCCUGAUAAUAGAUUUGAUUUUAUCAACAUUAGAUUCGUGCUUUGUUUGAUACAAGAAAAAAAUCUUUCUUUUAUAUUCAAAGAAAUAAUGAGAGUUUUAAAACCUGGCGGAUGGUUAGAGAUCUUGGAUUUUACUUCUGAUCUAAUAAAUCCGGGGCCCGCUCAUAGAUAUUUCUAUAAUAAAUAUCAAGCGUUAUGGCGUCAACGAGGUAUCAAUUUUUACCUUAUCAGUGCGCUUCCUAAAUACCUUCGUAGAUACGAUUUAAUUGACAUUCACAAUGAGGAAAAGACUACAUUUUUUGGAAAGAAGGGUGGGAUUAUCGGUGAAUUGUGUCUUAAAGAUUGGGCGAGGGUUUAUAUAACAUUAAAAAAUUCACUUUGUGAAUUUUCAAGCAUUACUUCCGAAGCAUAUUGUCAAUUAGUGGAAGAUUUUAAAACGGAAGUGGACGAUUAUCAUACCGCGUUUAAAAUGAGCAGGACCUUUGCGCAGAAACCUCGAAAAAAAUUAUUAAACUUAUAA